AUGUUUAGAUCAGGCCUCCUCGUCCAGAGCCUGCUCUGGACGGUUUCUUCGUCCAUCGUACAGGUUUCACUUGACAGUUCCGGGAAGAUCGAAGCUUUCAGGCCGCAUAGCAAGCGGCAGAAGCUUCUCCGGAGAGAAGCAGCCAAUGCAUCCUUGAUCCAUGAAGAUGAACUUGAGCAUUAUGACCUGUUGAUUUUGAUCCCCGCGAGCCUGCGCCGUGACCGGGCACGGCUGAGCGCGAUCCGGGAGACCUGGACGCGAGAUAUUGAUACGACGACCCAUUUCUGUGCCAGGUGCCGGAGCAACCGGACGCUGAAGUACCUCUUCCUGCUUGGAGAUGAAGCCGACCCGGACAGUGAGGAGAUGCAGGCUGCAGACGUGGUGGCGUUGCCCAGCAGCAGCGCCUAUGACCGACUGGCUGAAAAGGUGCGCGGUGGGAUCCACUACGCUGUACAACACUACAGCUUCCAUCUCAUGUUGAAGGCUGAUACAGAUUCCUGGAUCUUUGUAGAUCGUUUGCUGAACUUCGCCGAGGAACAUGACUUGUUUGGCGCCAGGCGUGCAGCCCAAGCGGGCGAGGUCCGCCGCAAGGGACGGCCCCAGGGCGGCGGACGCAACCCGGAUGGCGUCUUUACGAAGCUUACCGGCCAGGAGACCUAUCCAGUCUAUAGCCCGAGCUGCGGAUAUUUGCUGACACGGGACUUGUGCAACUACAUCAGCAUGCUAGCACCGGAGGAGGAUGACGCUAGAUCCGAAUCCGAGGAGCUUCCCACGCUUCAAGACUUACCUCAGGAAGAUGUUUCAGCUCCUUAG